CCUCCGUCUGAUACAAUAGUCUAGCAUGUUUGUUAGCUGACAUACUUCGGAAAUAUCUCUUCAACUGAACUGCAAGCACUAAAUAUAAAUAAUUCAUGAAGUCACCAUAUUUAUGUUAGCUAUAGAUGUUCUUUCUUAGUUUUUCCUUGUACCAAAUGGCUAACGUUGACACCGACGGAAGUUGACGUGGAACUAGGACACGUCCGGCGGUUCGACUAGGAACAAGGAUAUCUUUUUAAUGUAUUCUUUCAUAGCAUGAUAUUGUUAAAUGUUAGUUAACAUUAUGUUGGAAAGGCGAUAUGCGAAUUAUUUCAAUAAUAGCUAAGAGCUCUUUGCUUGCUAACUAGAUAGUAGAAUUAGCUCCUGAUUUUUGUCCAAUAUCAGUAUAUGUACCUAGCUCUAGCUAAAUUAGCUAGCAAGCGUUAGCUGUUUUGACAAAGUUUCGAGGGUUAAACUGACAGUUGCGUCUAGCUGUCUUAUUUGUGACAAUGUGUAAAAUAUGUAGCUGGGUUUUAGUCAAGUAGCUAUGGCUUGACAAAUAAGAAUGACGGAAUUAUUGUCGCAGGUGUCAACGGUACUUGCUUUAGUUAAAUUCGUUAAACAGUUUUAGUCUAACUAGCUACAUUGACGUUAAUUAGAUUUCUGUCUACGCUAGUAUAUGCGGGUUAAAUCGGGGGAGAUGUUGAUACAUGUGUUUAUUUGACCAGCUACAGUCAAGUUGCGUAUUAUAUUUACUGAUUGAAGCCAUUAUUUGCGGGAUUGCGGGUUUUGUGGCUAAAGCGCAGAGUAUUUGGCGACACUUACCUAAUGGUCGCCUACAUACAAAUUAGUGCGAGGUCGCAUGAGGUUUGUUCAAGGCUGUAAACUAUUGAUUGUUCAGUAUUCUCUUGGCAAGAAGAUAGCUGAGAAGGUCCACGUGAUUGGUCAGUUAUAUAAGCGAGUAAGCGACUUUUGCAAGUCAAGUUUCUAUUUUAAAGAAGUUUCAGUUAAAUGAGAAAAUGUCUCCCAUUCCAACGCUUCCGCUUCUGAUCAACUUCUGCAUGUCGGCACUGGGAUGUGCAGCCACGAUUAAACUCAUUCCAGCCUUCAAAGAUCAUUUUAUUUCGGCCAGAUUGUAUGGCAUGGAUAUGAAUAAAACCAGUAAGAAGGAGAUCCCGGAGUCUCAGGGUGUGAUCUGCGGCACUGUUUUCCUCAUCAUCCUCUUCUGCUUCAUCCCUGUACCCUUUCUCAGCUGCCUUGUGGGCGAGCAGUGCAAGGUCUUCCCGCAUAAUGAGUUUGUGCAGCUGAUCGGCGCCCUGCUGGCCAUUUGCUGUAUGAUAUUCCUGGGCUUUGCCGAUGACGUGCUGAACUUGCGCUGGCGCCACAAGCUGCUACUACCCACCGUGGCCUCCCUGCCACUGCUGAUGGUCUACUUCACAAACUUUGGCAACACUGUCAUUGUGGUGCCCAAGCCCUUCCGUGUCUUACUGGGAAUGCACCUUGAUAUGGGGAUCCUCUACUACGUUUACAUGGGCAUGCUAGCAGUGUUCUGCACCAAUGCAAUCAACAUUUUGGCGGGUAUCAACGGCAUCGAGUCCGGACAGGCUCUCUUCAUCUCGGGCUCCAUCAUCAUCUUCAACCUGCUGGAGCUGAAUGGGGACUACGGAGAUGACCACAUUUUCUCCCUGUACUUCAUGGUCCCGUUCUUCUUCACCACUUUAGCCCUCUUCUACCACAACUGGUACCCCUCGUCAGUGUUUGUGGGCGACACGUUCUGCUACUUUGCAGGCAUGACCUUCGCUGUGGUGGGCAUUCUGGGACACUUCAGCAAGACCAUGCUGCUCUUCUUCAUCCCCCAGGUGCUCAACUUCUUAUACUCGGUCCCCCAGCUCUUCCACGUGGUGCCCUGCCCCCGACACCGCUUGCCCAGACUGAACCCUGACACGGGGAAGCUGGGGAUGAGCUACUCGAAGUUCAAAAGUAAAGACCUCUCCCAAUUAGGAAACCUAAUUUUGAAGGUGGCAGAGUCGUUGUGGCUCGUGGAUGUGCGCAGGGGCCAUGAAGGAGACGGCGAUUUCAUGGAGUGCAACAACAUGACCCUCAUCAAUUUCGUGCUAAAGAUUCUGGGACCGACACACGAGCGGAACCUCACUGCCAUCAUGCUUCUAAUACAGAUGUUGGGGAGCGCUGUGGCAUUUGGGAUCCGGUAUCAUCUGGUGCGCCUCUUCUAUGACGUCUAGAUGCCGACAGCAAAAAGAAUGGCAAAAAGACUGAAGAGAUGAUCAUUCUUUAAUUCAUUUUUUAAAGAAAACAGAACUUGAAUCUCAAUCGUUACUGUCUUCAGCAUCUGUGUCCCACAUAUAUCUCAACUGAAGGAAUCUGAAUGUCAGUUUUCUUUAACAUUUCUACCUUCAUCCUAUUGACUCUAUGAAUCCACUUUUCACAAGACUGGAUCCUGGAACUGUUUAAAUCUACUCUUGCCCAAACCAGAGAGGGACAUAGAUUCAUGCCUGGGGGGCUCUGAAAUGGUAAAGAAUUAAGAGAACAGUUUAUUUUUUCAUUGAAUGGAAUUAUUUUCAUCUCAAAAAAACCGUGCUGUAAUUAUCAUGCCGUCUCUAUAUACUGCCUGAAGGAUAAUAUUUGACAACACAGUGGAAUUCCAGUAUGCAAAUUGAUUUUGCAUAGUAAAUUUGUCCAUAAGUCUACAAUAGGGGGGUAUAUCACAGAUAUCGUGGUAAAGAAAAAUAAAGCAGGAUUACAGAGUUAAGAGUUAGCUGGAUAAAUUCACUGAGUAAAACCCAGAACAGCUGUUUUUAUUUCAGUCCAUGUUCCAGUUUUGGAAGGGUUCUGAGCUUUACCGGGUGAACUCCGUGAUCCAGGUCAGUAAGGGAAUCCAUUUUUGCCAGGCUGUUUAGACUGUUUGGGAGAAGGGUGAUUUUCGAAGUAGUGUUUUUUUAUGUUGUGUAUGAGUCUUAUCAAGUGGGUUUUAAAGGAUCAAGUCAGUAGUCUCUAAGAGGUGGCAGUACAGAGUUACCAAGGGGUUAGAGGGCCUUGCAUUUGAGUAUGCUAGAAGUUAAAGGAAGCAAAACACUGAAAUUAUAUGCACAUUAUUCCUGGGAGUAUGUCAGAUUCACUGUUCAAAUGAAUGAUACAGUAUUGUACGUGUGGGAUGGGGGUCAGAUUGUUUUGUGACAAAGAACAAAAACACAAAUGUUAAAAUGAAAUCGUAUACCUAUGUCAUGCACAUACAUUGUAUAUUUUCAGACUAAAUUAAAAGCAGGUCAUAUCCUGUC